AAAGGCCGAAAUGACCGCCCAAAGAAAACCUUCAUUUAAACCCUGCAUCAUUGUUCAUGGAGGGGCAGGAACAAUUUCAUCGGCAAGAAGAAUAUCAUCCCUUUCUGCGGUGAAAGAAGCGGUUAAAGCGGGAUAUAACGUGUUGUUAGAGGUACGCAGUAGUUUUAAUACAGCUCACCAGAGAAUAAUGACUUCACGGCGGUCAUAUUGGUGUCACAAAACAAUGAAAUGGCGGCCAUGUUGGUGUCCCAAACCAAUCCUGUGGGAGUUGGACUCUUUUCUUAUGCAAAAAUAUUCCUUUGUUCCAAUAAAUUUGCAUAGAUGAUGGCCACGUGAGUGAAAACGCUCUAUACUUAUUAAAUAUUUGUGAGAGCCCAUAAAUUUUUUUUGUAUGUUUUACCAAACAGGGCAUAGACAAAACGUGGACCCUCCCAUCUGCACCCCCCUUUUGGACCCCUUUUGGACCCCCUUCUGGACCCCUUUCUGGACCCCUCUUUUUUUUAAUUAAAAAAUAAAUAAAACAUAAAUAAAUAUAUAUAUUUAAAAACGCAAGCAAACAAAUAAUAAAGUCCCCUACCAUCACUCCGUCUUGCACAUUUUACCAUGAAGCUCAAAAGGUAACUGGAUAAAGUGCUUCCAAGAUACAAAUAAAAUUUCUAUGCUUGUACUAUAAAGGCUGACAAAUGGAUAUAUAAUUUAUACCCCAGAGGCCCCACUCACAUAUUUUAAUGACGGGGGGGUCCGAAGGAUUUUUUUGGGUCUGACAUUUUGGCCAAAAGGGAUUUUUUUGGGUCUAUGAAAGACGCCGGGAUUUUUUUGGGUCGCGAAAACAACACAGGGAUUUUUUGGGGUAUUGUAUUUUUCAUCAGCUCAAAUCAACAAUAACAUAAGCGCAAUUUAUAGUUUUGUUUUUGACCAAAACCAAAGUUGAAGUUGGCAUGUUUUAGCUUUCCAGAAGAUAUAUAAUAAAAUUUGCUGAUGCAAAAACACUGAGGGAUUUUUUUGGGUAGACAAAUUCUGAAGUUGGGAUUUUUUUGGGUAUAAAAUAUGAACCUCUGUCGGACCCCCCCGUCAUUAAAAUAUGUGAGUGGGGCCCCUGGGAUUUAUACCUGCCAACUCUCACGCCUUAGGCGUGAGUCUCAUGCCUGUGUGUUGAAAACUUCGUUCUCACGCCGGCUCACGUUUGCGGGACAAUUUCUCACGCCUGAUUGAAAAAUGUGAGUUGUUGCCGUCUUGCUUGACACAUUUCCAAAAAUAUGCUAACUCAGACCCAUGUAAGGAACGAAAACCAUGUGUAAAAUGAAUAAAUGACAAUACCUUCCUUGCGAUUGAACUAUAGCGCUGAUGUUAUCAACUAAAGUCGGUCCUUGUGGAUAAGCAUUUUCUCGAUAGCUUCGCAUUCGGCAGACUUCAGACAUCUUCAGAAGACUUCAGACUUCUUUGGGAAUCUUCGGAAAUGAUCCUGUCGUCUUCAAAAAUCCCAGCACUCCCAGGAUAAAAAUCUCACACUUAUAUCUCAGAAAAAGUUGGCAGGUAUAAUAUAUUGCCAGUAUCUGCAAAACUUUGCGUGCUGCUAAACAAGACGACUGCUCGCGCCUAUUACAGCCAUGUGAACAACAAACCCCUGCCAUUUUCUUCUGCCAUCUUGGUUUUACCACUGCCCGAUACCAAUGGGGUCACAUAGCCCGAGUGUCGCAGAUUGCACGACACUCAGGCUAUGUCACCCCGUUGGUUGAAGUUAAAUGAGAGCAUGGUGGCGAAGAUGGUAUCCUGUGUCUCCUACCUUAUAUAUUAUAAUAAAUUGUAUAUAAAGUGAAUUUGAACAAAUUAUCACAAAACUUCGUUGGAGCAUUAAGGACAACAACAACUAACUGCAGGGUAAGUUUCAUUGACUUAUGUUUAGUAUUUCCUACAAAUUUUAGUAUCAUAUUUUUACCCCUUACAAAUACUGUGAAGUUACUAGAACCGUACUGUGGUACAAUCACAGAGCCUGGGUUACCUGUGCUUUAUCCGGUUUCCUUUCGAGCUUCGUGGUAAAAUGUGCAUGACGGAGUGAUGGUAGGGGACUUUAUUAUUUGUUUGCUCAUGUUUUUGAUAUAUUAAUUUAUUCAUUAUUUAUUUAUUCUUUAUUUCAAAAAAAAAGGUGCCCAGAAAGGGGUCCAGAAGGGGGUCCAAAAAGGGGUUCAAAAGGGGGGUCCAGAAAGGAGGGUCCACGUUUUGCCUACUCUAUUCUUUCCCAUGAACUGAAACCUGACGUGAAAGCAACCUGAUCUAAGAAGUAGCAACAGAAUAUAUGAAAAGAAAUCGCAAGAAAAUCUGGACAUCCUUUUAAUUUCCCUAAACAAUUAAUUUGACAAAAACUCCAACAUAUUGAGCGAUUUUAAGGGAGGGAUCGUUUAUUACAUCCCAGAGGCGGCAGGGGUUUUCAGAAAAAUGUUAUGUACCAAGACCUUACCCGCCCCCCCCCCCAAAAAAAAAGAAAUUAUAAUAAUAAUAAUAAUUUCAUUUGAAAAUUGUACCCUGCCCCAUGCCAUGGCAAUAAUAAUUUUUAAAAUGCACCCCAGUCCCCCAACACUCCUAGACCAAGUUUUUAGAUAAUCUGUUUUACUCUCCUUCCUUCCUUGGAUAUUGACUAAUUAAUGAGCUAUGGCAUACUGUAGUCUUGUAGAAGUAGAUCACAGGUCGUAGGGCAAGCUAAGUUGCAUGAAAAGAGGUCCCAGGCUCAUACUCCCUAUAAUGAGCUAUACAGGGACUCUCCACUUGGAAGGGGUACCUUUUUUCAGGCUUCAGAUAUAUGAAAGGGAUUUCAAUAGUUGAAGUAUUUGAAAGGGAAGAGAAAUCAGUCAUUUUUGUAUGUAAAAUGGACUCAAAAGGGCCAACAGAUGUAUUUUAUCGCUGUAAAGAAGCUGGGAAAACACUCUGACCACGUUCUGGUCUUGCAAUUAUUCAUAUUUUAAAUUAAGACAGUGCAUUUACAGGGACCCAUAUUGGCUUUUGUCUUGAACAUUCAAAGUGAGACCAAAUCUGCAAAAUUACCCCUAGGUGAACUGACAAACAUCUCUGUGCCAUGAAUAUGGAAGUCUCCCCCGCCACCCACUAGAAAUAAGAGGAGUUAUUUAUUAUUUAUUAAAAUAUUAAAAGGGAGGAAGCUCACUCGAUGCCGUGGAAAUAGCUACAAGAAAAAUGGAACUCUGUGGGGUAUUAAAUGCAGGUUGUGGGGCUUAUCUAACAGAAAAAGGAACUGUAGAACUUGAUGCCGCAAUCAUGGAUGGUCAAACCUUAAACACUGGUAAGUAAAUAUCAUGUUUAUUAAUUUUAUUCAUUGCGUCCAAUGGGCUCUGUCCUAACUGCUUUUGUUAUCAAACUAUUCUUUUACAUUUUCUGUUUCCACUACACUUAAGCUGCCCUUGCAUAAUUUUUAAAGGUUCUUUCCCUCUGUCACAAACCAAAAUCUGUUUUGUGCCUCACUUUGAAGUUUGCCCCAUCACUGACCCUUCCCAGUCAGACACACUCUUAAUUUGCGACUAAAUUCCAAAAGCCUAUGCCAUUCAGCUAAUGUAUUGUUGUUUUGCUUAAGGGGCAAGAGGUUUAAUGGGGUAUUUUAUUUUAUUUUAUUUUAUUUUUUUGAGAGGGGAGGGGGUAUUUUAGGAGUUGAGAUCCUGGUUCAGUUAUUUGAAGACCAAGAACUAGGCUGGGGUUAGCACUAAGUGCUAAACUGGGGUUAAAUUUUUUUCCUGGUUUCUUUUCCUUUAAUAGUUCAAAAGCAUUUUCUCUGAUAAGUUUUUCUAAAUUCUCUUUUGAGCAUCCAAUCAUCAAAUUGUAGACAAAAAAAAUCAAACUGAAUUGGGUUUUUUUGCUUUCAUAUCUGAAUUCAAUUUUGCACUAACCCUGUGUUAUCUUAACUCAGCUUUGAAAAACCUGCCACAGGAUGAUAAUAAAUUAACAUUUUGGUACAUCCCUGACUCUUCAAGAAGGAAGGAAGGUAGAUGGGAAUUUCCUGAGGGGUAGGUGAAAGCUAAAAGUAAGUCUUGCAAUAGGGGAGGUUGUUGGUAUUUAAUCCUACAAAGUACAUCAUUCUCUCUGUUGUUGUCUGUAGGGGCAGUAGUCUGUGUUCAAAGUAUCUCAAAUCCUGUGUCCUUAGCACGUAAAGUUAUGAUAGAGACAUCACAUUGUAUGCUGGCUGGAGAUGGUGCCCUUAAAUUUGCCAGAAACAUAGGUUUUCCCAUUCUGGAGGAUCCAAGUGUGUUAAUAAGUGAUUGUUCAUAUCAAAUGUACAUGAAAGAAAAGUUGAGAUGCGAGAAUCAUAACAAGCAUGUGAACCAUGAAAGCGUGGCCACUCAUGUCACUCAGGAGAACAGGGACACCAACCUUGAGGGACAUGACACAGUGGGAGCAGUUGCCAUAGAUAUCAAUGGACACAUUGCUGCGACCUCUUCAACAGGUAACACUCAAACAUUUGCUUAAAAAUUCCAAUAUGUCUAAAAGAAAAGGAAAAACAAUGCAAAUUUUGCACCUUCUUGAUUGGUGUCCAGGAUGAAAUCCAGACAAACUUCAGACGCCACCAACUCUUUGAAUGAAGUAUAAGUACAAGUCAAGUAGAUGCAUGUUCCCAAAUUCAUGAGAAUGCUAACAAAAAUUAUACUUUCCAUGCUUCAGUCAUAUUAGCCUGUGGGCAGAUGUCACCUAUUUCCUUUGUUGCAAGCAAAAGAUAUACAAAACCUCUGCAUGCAGGCUACAAUAUUCACAUAAACUUACAGUGCAAAGAAAGGAUGCAAAGCAAUUACCACAGGUAUCUCUUCUUGUACCCCUGCUGAUGUUUUAUUUUCUACUUCUUUAAAGGGGGUACACCUCACAAGAUGUGUGGUAGGGUUGGAGACUCACCCCUGGUGGGGUCAGGAUUAUAUGCUAAUCAGUGGGCAGGUGCUUCAUGUACCGGACACGGGGAAUCGUUACUUAAGGUCGUUCUAUCCAGAGAGGUUGUGAACUGCAUUGAAAAGGGUGACUCGCCCACAGAGGCUUGCUCAAGAACCAUCAGUAAAAUGGCUGAACUGACUGGUGGUUAUGGCGGUGUUAUAUGCUUGGGCAAGUUUGGUGAGAUCGGUUUGGCGUUCAACACAAAGCAUAUGGUGUGGGCGUCAGUGAAGAAUGGUCUCUUAAAAUAUGGCAUUGAUCCUGGGAAAGAAAUCGAAGAAGUCUACAAGGAGUAA